UCAAAGUACGAUUUUAGUCGGCGUUCCUGAACGCACCUCUGUAAAAAGCACUUCCACAUUCCCGGUCAGACUUUAUUUAAGAGACGUUUAAGUUCGCUCGGUUCGUAUCUACAGUGCAAUAUUGUUAGACAGGGCUUGAAAUCAAGAAGAAGUCCAGCUGUUUCGGUGGAUGUUGCCUUAACCAACAAUUGGAUGAUCGUUUUCAUAACUAGCUAUUAUGUACCUCGGUAACGCCUCCAUAUCGAGUCUCUGUGCGGUUCCAAAGUACAGAUAACGUGGACUGACUAGCUUGAUAAUGUGGUGGGAGUUCACCGGGUGAAAGUGGACUGAUCUGACUUGAUCCUUCCGCAAUUUGUUAUUCGCCGAUGUCAGUUUAACAUCAACAUUACUGUUACGUUACGAGUGUGUUUUCUUCAAGAAGCAAAAUGAGUGGAAGAGGAGAAGCGACCGAGGAACCCCCUACAGCUUCAGUUUCACCUCAAGCUAACGUUACAGACCAACAGAAGAGGACGAAAAUCAUUCACAUCGUGUACCUCAUCGCUGCUCUGGACAUCACGUGGAUGUUUUUACAGUUUUCCGUCACCCCUUAUUUGGCAAAGAAGCUUGGCUUCGACACCUUGUGGUUUGGUUAUCUGCAAACCACGGUCGGUGUAAUCCAACUGCUUGGGGGUCCUAUGUUUGGAAGGUUUGGAGAUAUCUUCGGAGCACGGGCAGCUCUGUCUCUGGCGUGUUGUGCAACAGUAGUUUUCUUUCUGCUGCUGGCCAUAGCAAACCAUCCUGCCAUGCUGUUCGUCCACAAACUUCCCACAGUCUUCAUGCAUGUCCUACCUGCAUCUCAGAUGGUGGUCACAGACCUGUCAGAACCUGAACAACGGGCGGACGCUUUAUCCAAAAUUGGUCUGUGUUUCGCUGUCGGCAUGAUCAUUGGGUCCACGUUGGGUGGCCAUCUUAACAGACGCUAUGGGGAGAUGUUCACUGCUUGUUUCGGUGCUGUGGGGAGUGCCUUCAGUUUACUGUUGGUUUUGAUGUUCAUUCCAAAAACGACCAAAACUCAAGCUCCAAGAACCAACACAGACAGCGAAACCAAAAAGAAGUCAAUAUUCAACGUUGGAGAGAUCACAAGACUGAUGAAGUUUCCAGGUGUGAAGCGGACUUUUGUUGUGAAGAUAGUUGCAGGUUUGCCGUCAGGCAUUUUCCAAGUGAUGUUCUCCAUCAUUGCGAUGGAGUUCUUCAAGCUGCAGCCUGAGGAGAACGGCUAUCUGAUGGCUUAUUUUGGCAUCACCUCAAUUGUCAUUCAGGGAGGAGUGGUCGGUCGGCUGACAGCCAGAUACUCUGACAACUCACUGCUGCUUCUGUCCAUCGCAGUGGCUUCUUUUGUGGGACUGGCUCAGGCUUACAUGCAGAAUGUGUUCCAGUUCUGCCUCACGGUCAUCCCGAUGAUGUUUUCUCUCAGUGUGUUCGGUGUCAUCACAGACAGCAUGCUCACCAAGGGCGUACCGUCCUCUGACACAGGCACAAUGCUGGGACUGUGUGCAUCCGUCCAGUCUCUGCUUCGCACGAUUGGACCGACCAUGGGCGGCUUCCUGUAUGUGAACUACGGCCUUUCCUCCAUAGGGUUGAUCCAGUUUGUUGUGAAUAUCGCUGUGUUUGUGUACCUGCUGCUACGUCGGCCUGAGAAGACAGAAGAGCGAAAGGAGUAAAAUCAGUUUUUAAAAGACCUCUUUUCAUCCUCAAUUAGUCAUCAAACUACCAGAGGAGAUGUAAAUUCAGUAUUUCAUUUUAGAUUUUUGAUUUUUUUUUCUACAGUUGCAUACAUUUGAAUCACUCUGUCACAGUGGUUUACAUAAAGAGAUGAGGUCAAGUCAGUUUUUCCAGUUUGGUUGCUGUUUUAUCUGUGGUGAAGUUUCAGAUUUAAACCACUAGAUGGCAGCAAACCCUCCAUUUUACCUCAUGAUACUUUCCCAGGGUUUAAAAUGUUCAUCCAAGUUGUAUGAACCAGUUCACUGUUACUUAGAUUUUAUUAAAUGU